AUGCCAUCACGAUCGCUCCACGUCGCCGUGAUCGGCGCGGGAGCCGCCGGCCUGGUGGCGGCACGUGAGCUGCGGCGCGAGGGCCACUGGCCCGUCGUCUUCGAGCGCGCCGCCGGCGUGGGUGGCACGUGGCUCUACGACCCGGCCGCCUCCGCCGACCUGCUCGGCGCCGGCGCCGUCCACUCGAGCGUCUACGCGUCCCUCCGCACCAACCUGUCCCGCGAGUGCUUUGGCUUCUCCGACUUCCCAUUCAUCGCCGAUGAAGGCGGCGAAGGCGACGGCGACCGGCGCAGGUUCCCCGGCCACCAGGAGGUGCUCCGCUACCUCCAGGAGUUCGCACGGCGGUUCGACCUUUACGGAAUGGUGCGGCUCCGCACGGAGGUGGUCAGCGUCCGCAGGGAAGCCAGCGCGAGCUGGAGGGUGACGUCGCACUCGACCUCGGAGCUCGCAGGGAGCGGCGGACCAGUGGAGGAGGUGUUCGACGCCGUCGUGGUCUGCAACGGCCACUUCGUCACGCCUCGCCUUAAUUUAGCGAUUUUGUGUGCAGGCAUCGGUAGUUGGCCUGGGAAGCAGAUGCAUAGCCAUAGCUACCGCGUGCCUGAAGCAUUUCACGGCCAAGUUGUGGUGGUUGUAGGAUAUGCGACCAGUGGAUUUGACAUUUCGAGGGACAUCGCCGGUGUCGCCAGUGAGGUCCAUGUUGCGGCUGCCACCUGCGUAGAAAUGCAACGUACGGCACGUCCCAACCUAUGGCUGCAUCCCAUGAUCGAGCGUGCGGAGGCAGAUGGUAGCGUGGUGUUCCAAGAUGGCAAUCGCGUCAAAGCUGAUGCCAUCAUCCAUUGUACUGGAUAUAAAUAUAGCUACCCGUUCCUCGAUGAGGAGGUUGUUGGUAUCAGUGUGGACGACAACCGUGUGGGCCCGUUGUACGAGCAUGUGUUCCCGCCACACUUGGCUCCCCAAAUCUCAUUUAUCGGACUGCCCUUCAGAGUAUAUUUUUUUCCAUUGUUCGAACUCCAAAGCAAUUGGGUUGCUGGAAUUCUGUCGGGAAGGAUCGAGCUCCCGUCGCAAGAGAAGAUGACGGAGGAUGUUGCCGAAUUUUACUCCAAAAUGGAAGCUCGCGGUUGCCCGAAAAGGCUCACCCAUGACUUCGGAGCAUUGCAGUUUGAGUAUGAGGACUGGGUGGCGGAACAAUGCGGGAAGGAUAUGAUGGAGGGGUGGAGGAAAGCAAUGUACCUAGCGGCAAGGAAGAACAUGGUAGAUCGCCCGGAAAAUUGGCGAGAUGAAUGGGAAGACACUCACUUGUUAUCACAGGCAUACCAAGAUUUAACCAAGUAUUUAUAA